AUGCCCCAACCAUCACCACGUCCCAUUGUGGUUCUUGGAGCUGGGGUCCUGGGCCGCCGCAUUGCCUCCGUCUUCCUCGCAGGCGGAUACAAUGUGCAUAUCCGCGAUCCCUCCCGCGAAGCCCUCUCGGACGCAGCCAGCUACAUCGAUAGCCACCUCCAAGACUUCACAGCUCUUACCCCUUCGCAACGCACCGCUGGUACAUACAAGACCUUCUCCGAGAUCCCCGCCGCCGUAUCAGACGCCUGGCUCGUUGUGGAAGCCGUACCAGAGAAACUGCCUUUGAAGAUCAGCACGUUUGCAGAAGUCGACCGCAAUGCGCCGGCGGACUGCAUCAUUGCGUCCAACAGCAGCUCUUUUAAAUCGAGGCUUAUGCUGGACGAGGUGAACCCCGAGAGAAGGGAAAGGGUGCUGAAUAUGCAUUUUACGAUGCCGCCUACGAUCCGGACAGUGGAAUUGAUGACGGAUGGAGAAACGAGCGAGAAGCUGUUCACGUUGUUGACGAUUGUAUUGAAAGAGUGCGGCAUGGUCCCUGUGACGGCGAGACGGGAGUCAACUGGGUUCAUCUUCAACCGUCUCUGGGCUGCCAUUAAGCGGGAGAUCAUGGUGAUUCUUGCAGAGGAAGUCAGCUCCCCUGAAGAAAUCGAUCUCCUAUGGAAGAACAUGUUCCUGCUUCCGUCUAGUUUGCCUCCGUGCCGACUGAUGGAUCAGAUUGGCCUGGAUACAGUGGCGUUCAUUGAGGAUAACUAUAUCCAAGAGAGAGGAUUAGACAGCCGCAUGACCGUCGACUGGCUGCGCGAUAAAUAUAUUUCCCCUGGGAAACUGGGACUCAAGAGUGACAAGGGCGGAUUGUAUCCUCCCACGGCCGUGGAAACUGGUGUUGCCGAGGAUGAGGAGACUUUGUAUUUACUCGACGUCGGCCUGGGAUCGAACAACCCUGAUAUCUCGCUCGUUCCAACUGCCGGUCGAAUUCUCAAGUACCACCCGGGCACGGGAAAGAGAACCACUGUCAUUGAAGGACAGUCCUUGCCGGAUGGAAUUGACGUCUCGCAGACCGCGUCUCGCAUCUUCUGGACAAAUAUGGGUUGCUCGACAGCCACAUAUGAUGGCUCUGUGCACUCGGCAAACCUUGACGGGACGGAUGUCCGGACUCUCCUGCCCUCUGGUACGGUGCACACGCCGAAGCAACUGGUCGUUGAUGAUAUCAACAACAAGAUCUAUUUCUGUGAUCGUGAGGGCAUGGGCGUGCACCGAGUCAAUUUUGACGGAACCGAUCACGAGGUUCUGGUUCGUACUGGUUCUCUCGAUAAGCCUGAGGAAAGAAAAGAUAUGACGCGAUGGUGUGUCGGUAUCACCUUGGACGUGGAUCGAGGGUACAUCUACUGGACGCAGAAGGGGCCCAGCAAAAGUGGCCAGGGCCGGAUUUUCCGAGCCGGGAUUGACAUCCCAGCGGGCCAGACGGCGGAUAAUCGACAGGACAUUGAGCUCCUGUUGGAAGGUUUACCUGAACCCAUCGACCUGGAGCUGGACGCGGAGAAUCAGUUGCUGUACUGGACUGAUCGUGGCGAACAUCCAACUGGGUGCUCGUUGAAUCGGGUGGAGGUUCGUGGGAAGGCCGAUAAAGAGAAGCUUCAAAGUGAAAAGAAAAUAUUAGCUAGGCAAUUCCACGAGCCUAUCGGGAUUAAACUGGACGGGAAAAAGCAAGUGUAUGUGACGGAUUUGGGAGGAAGUGUAUAUCGAGUGAAGGAUGGGAAGAAGACUGUGAUGUUUCGGGACAACGGCUGCUAUACUGGAAUAACUAUCAUUUGA